AGAAUCAUGUCAGUUGCUUUCUAGAUUUCAAUUUGUCGACACACACAACACAACAAUGGCCACUACAGAAACAAAGGAAUAUGUGCGCAAUGAACUGGAUGCGGAGUUUGAAAACUUUUGGGACACGGUCAGCUGCUUUGCAGCCAACUCCUUUCCCUACGAGGAACGGUGUGCCUUUGUGAGGAAGGCCAAGGACUGCAACCGGAGCACCAAUGUGGUGCCCUACAUGAGGAUCCUGGCCUGCGAUCUGAAUUGCGUCAAUGAAUUCGAAAUGUUGAUCUUCCUCACAAUGUUUUUGGCGCUCUGUUUUGUGAUACUGCUUCUACUGAUCCACGUCUGCAACCACUACUACAGCCCGGCUUUAAAGGCCGUAUCGAAGUUUAUGCAUAUGAACGAGCACUUGGCGGGCGUGACCUUGUUGGCCUUUGGAAACAGCUCCGCCGACCUGUUCUCGAACUUGGCCAGCGUAAAUGAGGAUGUGCCCGUGUUUGCCAAUAGUAUGGCCGCCGCCCUGUUUGUUUCCAUGGUUUCAGGUGGGUUGAUCUGCUACAUGUUUCCCUUCAAGAUGAAUGCCUACGAGAGCGUUCGGGAUAUUAUGUUCCUCAUCCUCGGAACGACGAUGCUACAAUACUUUCUGGAAACCGAUAAGGAGGUUUCCGAGUCGGAAUUUAUAUGUAUGUUUUUUGUGUACAUAUUUUACAUAUUAGUGAAUGUAGUAGACGUGUACCUAAUUCGAAGGGCUUUAAUAACAACAAAUGCUCAAAUCGAUGCCCUAUUGGAGGGCGAACUGACCCCGUCGAAAAGAAAGCGGCUGACCGAACUGGAGAAACAACAGGAGAUAUAUACCCGUGACAUGGAAGUGGAGAUUUUCGAGAAGAAAAAUUCGGGUCCCAAUAUAAACAGAAUGCGGUACACCACCUUGCGAAUGACCCGAAAUACUCGCGUUAGCGUGGACAAGAAACAAACUCGAAAUGUGCGACACAACGGGGCGCUGGGAAAGAAUAGGGGAAUAUGUAAGGAAUUCUUUUUGGCCAUGAGACCCUUCACAUGCGCGAAGUGGCGAAAAGCCUAUGUGGUCGAGCGGGCCAUCAUGUUAAUUCAGAUUCCGGGCGUGAUGCUGUGCAGCAUCUACAUUCCUCUGGUGGACUACGAAAUGGAGAAACAUGGCUGGAACAAACUUUUGAAUUGCAUUCAAGUAAUGCUUAAUCCGGCGAUGUCCAUUAUAGUCGUGAAAGCCUUGAUAAGCUCCAGGGGCAACUCUUUGUGGUACGUCGCCAUAAGCCAGGAAUACAUUUACGGAGUCUACUCCCUUCCCAUAACCUUGCCCAUAGCCGUUUUUAUGUUCUUCCAAUCGCGAACCGAUGUGCCACCAUUUUACCAUUCGGUGUUUACUGUAAUGAAUCUGACUGGCUCCAUGCUCAUGAUCUUCUUUUGCGCCACUGAAAUAGACAAGGUCCUGGAGGUGAUGGGUCAUAUAUUGGAGGUCGAGGAAGACUUUAUGGGUGCCACGGUGAAGGCUUGCACGGGGAGCCUCGGUCCUCUGAUCGCCAACAUCGCAAUGGCCCUGCACGGCUACCCAAAGAUGGCCUACGCCUCUGCCAUUGGAGGACCCUUCUUCACCGUCUGCUUGUCCGCCACCACUGUGCUGCACGUCAGAAACCUAGUUGGCUUGAAGGUCACGAAUGUAAGCCAACAAGGCAACUACGGCGCAAAUGCUUUUAUUUUUCUAAAUUUGGGACUAUUUCUAACGCUCCUCUGGUCCACAACGUUGGGUUUUUUCGCACGACGUUCCGUCGGUAUCUUUUGCAUCGUCUUCUACUGUAUAUAUUUGGUAUUUGCUAUCUUGAUUCAUAAGAGCAUCAUACAUUCGUUUUCAGCCGACAUGCCAGUUAAGGCAGCUUUCGGAGAUAUUUAGGCAGUACAAAGUUAUCAGUGUGAAUAAAAGUACAAAUUCUGGGUGUUAA